ACUUGAUUAAUUGAUUACUUUAGAGUAUUAAUUAAAGAAAGAAAAGCUUAAAAGGGCUGUUUGAUUCGUAUAUAAUUUCCACGUCCAUGAAAAAAAAAAGCUCUCAAUUCCAACCAAACUUUAACUAAGCAAGGACAAACUUGAUAACUUGUCGUUUAAUCAAACGUCACUGGAUCUCUUUCUUCUACGUUCCCAAAUUUUUCUUCUUUCUUCUUCUGAUAGUGUAUCCAGAGAGAGCUAAGAAGCUUGAGACGACGACGUAGAAAGCCAUGUCUUACGAUUAUCUUUUCAAGUACAUCAUCAUCGGUGACACUGGUAGCCCAUCUCUCUGUUUGAAAAUCCCAAUUUGUUUAGGAGUCUCUCUCUCUCUCUUACGACCAUCCUUCCGACCAUCCUUCCGACGCCGGUUUAGGAGUUUGCAAGGCUUUCGUAUUAUUUUUCCUCUCCAUUUCAAAGCAUAGUCUUGACUCUUAAUUCGUGGGUGCCAUUGACAUGGAAGCAGUUAAUAUCCACAAGAGAGCCAAAAAAUGGCGGAUUAAGAAGGGUGAAAUCAAAGCAACAAUUAGGGGUUCACCUCUUAGAUUGAAAAAAAGGCUUUUCAACAACAAUUUUGAUGGAUCCAUUGUAUUGGAUGAAAGCAGAAAUGAUGGAUCUUGGAAUGUUAGCUUUCAAGUCUUUGAAAGCCAUGAUGAAUCAAUUUUGUACAAGAAUCGAAUGAGUCUAUUGAAAGAUUGUCCCUCAAUUGUUAAUGUUUACAACUUGAUUUCAUAUCCAAAUUUUUCACUCCUGGUGGUGGAUAGACUUGGUAGGAGUUUUCGAGAGUGGUAUAAAAACUGCAAGAAUUUGUGGGAGAAAAAUGGAGAUUUUGUACAUGCAAGUUUGGAGUUUCGAAUAGUGUUUAAGAAACUUAUUGUGGCUAUACAAGAUAUGCAUUCUAGAGAUAUGUUUCAUGGAAACAUAACCAAAGAUACCGUUCGAGUCACUGAAUCAAAUGAAGUGCAGUUGAUUGAAUUAGAUGUUAUUUCAUUAGGAUUAGCUGAUGGCAUUCGCCGCGAUAUGGAUUGUUUAAGAGAUCUUGUAAUGAAAGUGGUUAAGCAACACGAAGUGGAAGAAGAAUUGCCUGAAGAGUUGAAGAUAUUUUUUGAGUUGCAUAAUAUGAUACCAGAUGGAGCUUCGAGUGAGUAUGAGAUGGAAAGGCAUAUGAAGAAUAUUUCGUUUUUUAUCUUCAACAGUCCCUUGUUUUGGGAUUGUACAGAUAGAUUCCUUUUUAUCCAUAAAGCUGCAACUCUGAGGUCCUUGAACACGAAGGAAUUUGAGACAUCUUUCAAGAUGUCUGGUACAGAUGCAGGUCCAGCUUGCUUGGAUGAUUGGAAGACAUUUGUUCCCAGUUUUAUUGGUUCAUUACAUUUUCUACAGAACAAAGGUGGUAAAGAGGAAUUUUCAACUCCAGGCUCUAGCCUUGAGUAUCUUAGGGCCGUGUUCGCGCAUUAUCAAGAUGGGAUAACUAAUUCAACAAAUAAGAAAAAGAGAAGCGGUAAUGAAGUUACAAGUUUUGGUACCAUGGAUGUAGAACUCCAAAAACAUGUACAUCCAAUUUGUCCACGAAUUUACUAUGCCAUUGCUUCUGGUUACAUGAGAGGUGAAACACAUUUUCCCAACUCCAAAUCCAAUGAUGAGCAACAACAUGAAGUGAUUGAAUAUUUCAAAAGGCACCAAAUGUGCAGGCGUUAUCUACUUAGUUAG